AUGCGAGGUGAGGAUUUGUUCAACCUUGAAGUCCUCAAUCCAUAUGAAGAUUCCACCUAUAUCUCCCUUUUUGGUAAUCAUGGCGAUGAACUAUGGGCAAACCAACAACUUGAUCUCGAUGCCGAUGAUGGUUUAGGGUUACAGACAAACCAAAAGUUGGAUGACAAGGCUUUGAGCUUGAUCAAUCACUUAAGCUCAGUCCUAGGAAAGAUUGAAAGAAAAGCCACGAAGGAGCUAAACUCGAUCAAGCUGAAUUAUGGUGAGAUUUUUGAAAGCCCUAUCUUCUUCCUUAAAACUAUCCGUUUGGUGGACAAGGGCAAGUUCAAAUACAAGACGAGAAACUUCAUCUUCGGUCUUUUUGAUACAGUGAAGAUUAUGGAAACACUCGUGAAACGGAGCAAGCGCGGCACUAGUGGCCGUAAGUAA